GGGUGCUGAAGUGCUCGAAUAUACUAUCCCAAUGACAUCUUCUAUACUGUGCAUAGAAGGUAACAAUUAUCGUAAUUAUGAGAAGUGACGUCACCAUCUACCUCAUCCUCAAUGGCGUGCUGAGACUUUCCUCGUCAACGGUAACGCUUUGUAACACAACGGGAACUAAAAUAUAUAUCGUCUCCUCAUAUCACGGUUACUCAACAUACACAACUCCUAUUCAAUCCCAUUCAAUCCUGUUCAAUCCUGUUCAAUCCUAUUCAAUAUCAUACCAAAAUCUACAAUGACUUCUGUACUGAUCGUUGGCGCUACCAGAGGCUUGGGGGCCGCGCUGGUGAAAGAAUAUGCUUCGAAUCCCGAGACGCUCACAUAUGCGACCACACGAUCUGAUGCUGUACCCAGCGGAUUCCCGGAUAGCAUUAAGUGGCUCUCUGGAAUUGACCUUACUGACCAACAUGUCGGGGACAAUCUCUCCAGUCAGCUCAAAGGAGAGAAGCCUCUAGACGUCGUAAUCAUCAACGCUGGGCGAUUCAUGACCGAAGACUUUUCCAAGUCCGGAGGGCCGAGCUGGAAUGACGAAUUGACCAUGUAUACCAUUAGUUCUAUCGCACCGCUAUUCAUUGUGCAUCGUCUCGUGCACAACGACCGCCUAAAGGCUGGAUCCAAGAUAAUCUUGGUUUCUAGCGAGGCCGGAAGUAUCACCCUACGGCAUGAGAAAGAAGGCGGCGGCAAUUACGCGCACCACGCAAGCAAGGCUGCGUUGAACAUGGGCGGAAAGCUUCUCAGUAUCGACCUCAAGGAAAAAGGCAUCAUUGUCAGCAUCGUACACCCGGGUUUCAUGCGCACCGAGAUGACCAAAGGUGUCGGUUUUGACAAGCAUUGGGACGAAGGCGGUGCCGUGACUCCUGAAGUAGCCGCGAAGAGUCUCGUGGAGUGGACAGAGAAGUUAGAUAUUAGCAAAUCUGGGGAAUACUGGGCUCCCCGUGGUCCACGCGAUAUUGGAAUGGCCGAGACGGUGCUUGGGAAGAACCUUGAGACUCCUCUGAAGCUGCCCUGGUAACGUGAAAAGCUUCGAAGGCUUAUUGAUGUCAAUGCGCAUCUGUCGAUCCGGCGGCUAAGCCUUUACGUUGGAGUUUGGUGAACUUGGCUUUGAACUCAAAGGAUACCUUGUGAUAGAGUUGGCUCUUCUUACUCGUCGCUUCAGCUUCAGCUUCAUGAUGGUAUGCAGACUAAACUCUAGUUUACCCUAGCAAGUAGAUCUUAAUAGAGCCCGAGAUUUAAUUACUCCGGUUUCCUUUGAUGAGAUAUUAUGGCGUGGCCUGCCUGCCUGCGUGGAUAUGGAAAAGGGGCAAGCGAUAAAAAGAGGAGAUCGGCGUUUAGC